GCGGACAGCCCGUCGGGACGCAGCCGGAGCCGGAGACCAUGUCCGGGCGGCCCAGGACCACCUCCUUCGCGGAGAGCUGCAAGCCGGUGCAGCAGCCCUCGGCUUUCGGCAGCAUGAAAGUCAGCCGAGACAAAGACGGCAGCAAGGUGACUACAGUAGUGGCAACUCCUGGACAAGGUCCAGACCGACCACAAGAAGUUAGCUACACGGACACCAAGGUGAUUGGAAAUGGAUCUUUUGGUGUUGUGUAUCAAGCCAAACUCUGUGAUUCAGGAGAGCUUGUGGCCAUUAAAAAAGUCCUGCAGGAUAAAAGAUUUAAGAACCGAGAGCUCCAGAUUAUGAGAAAGCUGGAUCAUUGUAACAUUGUCCGAUUGCGUUAUUUCUUCUACUCCAGUGGAGAGAAGAAAGAUGAAGUGUACCUCAACUUGGUGCUGGACUAUGUUCCUGAAACAGUAUACAGAGUUGCCAGACAUUAUAGUCGGGCCAAACAGACACUCCCUAUGAUUUAUGUCAAGUUGUACAUGUAUCAGCUGUUCCGGAGUUUAGCCUAUAUCCAUUCCUUUGGGAUCUGCCACCGGGAUAUAAAACCACAAAACCUCUUGCUGGACCCUGAUACAGCUGUCCUUAAACUCUGCGACUUCGGAAGUGCAAAACAGCUGGUUCGUGGAGAACCUAACGUCUCAUACAUCUGCUCUCGGUACUACAGGGCACCAGAGUUGAUCUUUGGAGCCACCGAUUAUACCUCCAGUAUAGAUGUGUGGUCAGCGGGCUGUGUAUUGGCUGAACUGUUACUAGGACAACCAAUCUUCCCAGGUGACAGUGGUGUGGAUCAGUUGGUGGAAAUAAUCAAGGUUCUGGGAACGCCUACAAGGGAGCAAAUUAGAGAAAUGAAUCCAAACUAUACUGAAUUUAAAUUCCCUCAGAUUAAGGCACAUCCAUGGACUAAGGUCUUCCGGCCCCGCACUCCACCAGAAGCAAUUGCGCUAUGUAGCCGUCUGCUGGAGUAUACCCCCACUGCCCGCCUGACUCCCCUGGAGGCCUGUGCGCACUCUUUCUUUGAUGAACUACGGGACCCAAACGUCAAGUUACCAAACGGGCGAGAGAAACCUGCACUCUUCAAUUUCACCACUCAAGAACUGUCAAGUAACCCAUCUCUGGCUUCGAUCCUCAUCCCUGCUCAUGCUCGGAACCAAGCAGCUGCUUCAACCCCUACAAACGCUACAGCAGCCUCAGAUGUUAAUGCAGGAGAACGAGUUCAGACCAAUAGUGUAGCUACAGCGUCAGCCUCCAACUCCACCUGAACCGGUACCAAGCAGCCAGCUGCACAGGAAAAUCACCAGUAAUUUGAGUCUUGCUCAGCAACACUGGUCACAUUUGGAAAGAAAAUUAAAAAGAGGAAAAAAAGCAACCAACCAACCAACCUGUUCAUUUUAGUGUUCAAUUUUUUAUUAUUAUUAUUGCUGUUCUUAUUUAACCUUGUAAAAUAUCUAUAAAUACGAACCAGUUUCAUUGUAUCUCACUCUGCAGGGUGUCCGGGGCAGGGACUUAGGUGGGGGGAGGAGGGAACGCGGAGCAAUACAACACACCAGUGUCUCUCCCCUCAACAAUCUCUUCAUGUUGGAAGUUUGCUGUUGUGUACUUCAGAGCCAGGACUCUUGCCUCAUGCCCUCUCCCACAACGGAAAGAAGGAAAAACAAAAACAAAAAAACAAAACAAACAAAAAAAAACCAACAAAAAAAAACAAAACGAAAAAGAACCCCCAAACCUCAUUCUCUGCUGAAGUUCUUUUUUUUUAACCUCUUUUUUUAUUUUCUUUUUAAGUGAAGUUUCGGACUUUGAUGUAGUGCACAGCUUGAAUUUGGUCGGGAGCUUAGCAGGGGUCAUCCAACAGAGCUCAGCGUUCGGUGCCAGCGAAUCCACGCCCCGGGCCGACUGACGGGCGACUGACAGCUGCCCUGGCCGGCAUGGUAGGACAUAGGCUGCCUGGGGGUGGGGGGAGGCUUACGUGUGUCUAAGGCUUGAGCUGCUAGUGGCAGACUUUCCUUUCACAAAUCAGUGCUAGCGAUGAAGAGACCUGCAGCUUCCUUCCGGGAGGAGCCCCUCGCCCGGCUCCAUAUAAUAUAAUACACACACAGGCGGAGGCGAGCGGAGGGGAUGGCGAGGGCCGGGCUGGGAGGUGCCGCCGCCUGAGCGAUUUUCCAGUCCCAAUUGGAAUAGGCUUCCCUUUCCCGAGAUGUACAGGAAAAGGACACCAGGAUUUAUAAUGUGAACUGUAACAGUCUUCUACUGGUUUAUUUUGUAAUAUUUUUUUAACCGCAGCUUUAACUCGCAGGACGCCACAUUCUACGGUAGCUCUGAUUUUAAAUCCACGGCUAGAAUCUGUAUUUAAAUUUCAUCUUUUUAACCUCUUUGCUUUUUUGAUCUCUAUUUAUUGAAGCGCGUUGCCACGUUGCCGUUCCGUUUUUACAUCGGUAGAAUAUUAAUAAACUACACAUCGGAGUGCUAUCGACAGUAAUUGUACCUGCCGACUUGUAGGAAAGCUGGCUACAUAUGAGUGUGUGUGUAUAUAUAUUAUAUAAAUAUAUACAUGUAUACAUAGAGA